AUGGCAAUCUCUCGAUUCGGUCUCGCGACUCUCGCUUGUAUACUCACUCUGACACAGGCCGGCCUGCUCGAUACAGCCGUGAAAGGAACCACAACCGACUAUGCCAAAUUCUUCCAAGAUUCUUUCAGCUCCGUCAAGGAUCUUGUCCCAUCAUCUCAAUCGGAAUUGGUUCUCAAUGCGAAUCGAGUCAAAGACCUACUUCUUGCCGUCAACAGCAAAAAAGCGUUGCUGGGAGCGUUGGCUGGAACUGAUCAGAAAAACACGCUCAACAUGGCUGGUUCUCUGUUAAGAGAAGUGUCAGGAUUCAGUAGCAAGGUGUCUCGGGAUGGCGAAGCUCGUUUCAAUCAAAACAAAAGCAUGUGGGACUCCUUGUUGAACAAAGUUUUCAAUACCGCUGGACUCCUUAAACUUCUCCCCCUUCUUACAAAGGCUUCACCACAAGCCCCAAUCGUCUCGGCAAUUUUGGCUCCAAUCGUCCUUGCCAUCUACCGCUUC